AUGAACGAAGAUAUAAAUGUAGUUUUUAUAAUUCCAUUAGAUUGUAGGAGUGAAAAUGAGUGUUCAGAAGAAAUGCAACUAGCUUUUACUGCGUGUGAACAGCAUAGUGGAGGUGGAAUCAAAGCCCAAUGGGUGCAUCAAUCUCAGUGGAAGAAAUUCGAUGGACUCACGAAGAGAGAUGUUUUUGUGUUGUCUGAAUUUGAGGGAGAAUUAUUUAAGAAGUUAAAAACAACAAAAUGCUUAUUGGUUGGUCCACGUUGUUUGUCCUGUUGUUUAACAGAAGGAACUCCAAUACCAUCACGUCUAGAACCUGUUUUUACUAUUGCUAUGCGGGGAUUGGUAGUUACUGCCAGUGGAUUAUCUAAACAGCAAAAGGAACAUAUAAAACAGAGAGUGCAAUGGAUGGGAGGACUGUAUAACACAGUGUUGACGGAAGACACUACACAUCUUAUUUCUGAUACUGUCCUAUCAGAUAAGUAUAUUAAAUCAGUAGAAAAAGGUAUUCCUAUAAUGAAAGAGACUUGGGUGGAUGCUGUUUGGCAAGCAUCAUUACAUCUCAACAUCAGUGGAGCAUCAUCUGACUUUGAUGAACAUAAGCUACCAGCAUUUGCUAAUUUGCAGGUUACAACAUCAGGCAUAUUGAAAAAAGAAAAGCAAAAUAUCAUAAAGUUAGUGAAUGAAAAUGGUGGGGUCUUCUCUGGAGCUUUUCAAAGUGAAACAACAGACGUUGUAGUGCUUACGAAAGACGGUGUAGGCAGUGAAAAAUACAAAGCUGCAUUAGAGUAUGGUAAAGCAUGUGUUUUACCCAGUUGGGUGGUGGACUCGGCAAGUAAAGGUGUUGCUCUCCCAUUGGCCAAGUAUAGAGUGGCCGGUGCUUCCACUUCUUCACCUUUGGCUGAGCAUAGGCUGCCUGAUAUGAGUUUGAAUUUUUCGCGUAUAACCAAUCUCCGACCUCCAAGCAACUAUGUGGAUGAAACAAGAUCAGCAGAUGUGUCAACUAUGUCUGGGAGAAUGAAGUUAUCCCAAGAGACGAAGAAGUCGAACGAGACGACCAUAGACAAGGACAUGUUGGCUGAGUUCGAGAAUUUCGAUAUGAGUCUUAUUAAAAAGGCUGGACCUAUCUUUGAUGGUUUUUGUAUCUGGAUAACGGGUCUGUCGGGCGUGUGCCGCGAGCGCGCGUCGGCGUGCGUGUCGCGCUGCGGCGGCGUGCGCUACGACUGCGCGCACGCGCGUGUGACGCACGCCGUGGCGCCGGUGGGCCCGCGGCGCGCGCCGCCGCCGCCGCGCUGCCGGCAGUGCCGGUGCUGCGCGCCGACUGGCUGCUGCGCAGCGUCGCCGACGGCCGCGCGCUGGAGGAGGCUGACUUUU